CUCAAGUCUACUACUCCAUUUCACAAACUAGAGCUAUACCUCACGAUCCAUGGAUACCCCGCCCGAUGUCUCAACGACGCCGACGCCCGACUCCCCCUCCACAGACACCAGCGGAAGCAGCCAGCAGAAGAAGCGGCGACAGGUCGCGUUCUACCCGAACAUGAACAGCAUGAACAAACCCCAGAAGCCGUUCAGUCGCAGCGCGGCCAAGCGGGAGAGUGUCAUGGCGCUGGGCAGCAUUGAAUACCUGCAGCACUACUUCACCAAGACGGGGAUUGCUGCUGAGAGCGAUCCGUUGAAGAAACCGAAAAGCGGGCUGGUGCCCGCGAUCGGUGGGCUCGCCACGCUAGAGAAACGACCGAAUAAUGGUGGGCCCACUUUCGUGUUGCCCCCGUCCCCGGCGAUUCCGCAGGCUGUUCAUCCGACGUUUCCCCCGUACGUGAAGACGCUCGAGACCGAUCCCGACAACCUGCGUCCGGCCGUGAUUGAAGACCUCAUCUCCGUCGCGGCUGGCUGGGUGCUCAACCCGAACUCGCAGCAGCAGCCUAAGGAGCAGGAGCAGGGCGAGCAGGACCCGAACCUGCUCGGGGUCGGCGGCGGUAAGCACAACAGGCCCUCCUCGAACGUCGACGUCCUCGACCUCUUGAAGAACACGACCCGCGCCGUCCGGAGCGUCCGGAACUACCUCGUCUCCCUCCCCGACGACCAGAGCGUCCCGCAGAACCGCCCGCACUUCCGCCCGAACACCCUCUCCAGCUCCCCAUUACCCAAGCGCCAGGUGUCGCAGCCGAACUCCCCACACGAUCCGCUGACGCGCAUUCGCGGGCGCGCGCUGGAGGUGCUCGCGGUCCUGCGCGAGCUGGAGGAACGCGCACGGCUGCCACUCGACCAUGACGCGUACGACGCGCAGAGCGAUCACGGGUCGUCGUCGAACGACACGAAUGUGGGCCCGGCGUCGCGUGGGACGUCGCCGUCGUCGCACCUCGAGGACGGCGAGUUCGCGGACGGAGACACGUCUGUGUCUGUCUCGUUUAUUGAUGUUGGAGGGAGGAAACGGCAGGUGCCGGUGUGGGACGACGAGUCGGACGACUUCAAUCACUUGAGCGAGGAGGAUAGGGAGAAGCGCGAGAGGUGGGACGAGCGACUGGUCCUGGGCGGAGGGUGGUUGUACAAGCAGGAUCUGAGGAUGGAGGAUCUGGAGAAGGAGCGGGAGAUAGUGAGCAAGUACCUCGACGCGGUGGACGAGGUGCUCUUUGGGGGUCCGAAGGACGGUCAGAGGGGGUGGGAGCGCGAGAAGGAGCGGGUGGAAAGGAAGGAGAGGAUGGAGAGGGAGGCGCGAGCGAAGGGGCGGAGGGUCAGCGCUGGGGACGCUAUGAGCUCUGGUGAGAGCUCCGGGCGAGCGAAGCGUCGUGUUGUGUCGACUGGCAUGCUUGACGCGAUGCGGAAUAUGGUGGUGACCGAGGAACCGGAGGAGAUGGAGUCGAUAGAGGAGGAAGAGGCGAUCGACGACGAUGAGCUUCCUCCUUGGGCGAAGCGGUCAACAUUCCCUGACGAUGAUUAUGGCCGUCUACAUGCACUUCUCGUCGCGCUGUUGCCCGCAACACUACUGCGAUUGCUGCCAAUGUCCUCAUCAGAACACGCCGACAUUCUACGAGCCUUGUCGUCCGGCCAAUUACUUUGCAAUGCCUACAACACUGCAGUUCGCAGGUCACGAAAACCAUGGGGCUACGUGAGCAAGGACGCGAUACACGACAUCGCGGCACUAGAAGAGGCGCAAGGCGGUGAUGGGUGCGAGGCAGGGAAGCGCGGAUGGACGUUUCGUCGCACAGACAACCUGCGACUAUGGGCAGCUGCUCUGAAGCUCCGGUAUUCCCUGCCUAUCGCCAUGCCUGGCGGCAAACGGAGAGACGCAAACACGCGGCCCGGAACACCUGGAGGUGGCACACCCGUUGUCUCACCGAUAGCCUCUACAAUCACUUUCCCCGCGGGAUUUGCGUCAGACGACGCCAUCAUCUUCGACGCACCUCUCGUUGCACGCAUGGAGGAGGGGUGGGAGCUCAUGCUCGAGAGGGUCGUCUUCAAGUGGAUGGAGGCCGUGCCGACGCUGAUCUUCUUGACUGCGCCGACGCUCUUAUCGUUUGCUCGACGUUCCCUUGUCGCCGUCGUGAGCAAAUUCGGCUUCCUCAAGCACUGGCAGAAGCGCCAUCCUCUCAUCGAGCGGGGGCUUGACGACCAGAGAUACCGGGUAGCGCCACGCGGGAAGCGUGUGCUUGUCUCCGCGUUGCUCGAGGUGCUGCGACCUGUCCCCGCGGACACUCCAAUUUCGGUAGUAGAGGAAUUUGUUGUGACGCAGAGCCCGACAUGCGCUUGCGAGAAGCCGAUCACCUACUCCACGAAUAGAUACGAGACUCUUGACCGGCUGGCUGCGACUCGCUUUCACGUCUUUUGCGAUUCUGGCGCGCCCCCGGAGAGCACCGAUUACACGACAAUCGUCUUGCUUCACGGUCUUGGAUGGCACAGUGGCGUUUUCGGGAAACUGAUACCGCUCGCACACAAGUACAACGUCCGGCUGGUUUUGGUUAACAGGCGCGAUUAUCCAGGAGCAGUACCCUAUACGGCGGAGGAGCGAGCACACCUUUUGACGAUUAGCAUCGAAUCGCAAGCCGACCCUGCCGCAGCGCAGCCGAAGAUGGUAGCGUUCAUGAAGAAUGGGGGCCACGACCUGCAUGAUCUGCUGGUCAGCUUUGUUGCCACCAACAAUAUUCCCCUCUCUCGGUCAGAAAAUAGCACAGGAGGGAUCGUGCUCGCGGGGUGGUCUCUUGGGACGUGCUGGAUGACUGCCUUCCUCGCAAGCACCGAGUCAUUCCGCCGUGACAAUGUGGAUCUAUCCAAGUACGUCCGGCGUGUUGUCUUCUAUGAUCCCCCCUCUCUGGCACUGGGUUACGCCCUUAUCGAGGACGGUUACACACCGUUUGCCGAUCCCUCGAUCCUAGCCGAGGACUUCGUUGACGAAUUCAAUCUGUGGGUUAGCGGCUUCUACCAGCAUGGAGACACCAAAGACACGCUCACAUUUCGCGACGCCCUCGCCUCGCCUCCGCCUACCCUCACGACUUUGAGCACUGAAGAGCGUGGGGCCGCUGCACAUUCUGUGCCGGCCGACCCUCGAGGUGGCUCGGACCUGACCAUAAUGGUCACAGGCAUGGUUUCCGGCGCAUUCGCCACUUUGCACGAGGAGGCGCUUAUCCUAUCGCCCGCGAAAGCAGAACAGAGCCCCUGGAAUGCCGUCGAAGUCCGUCAUGUGUGUUGCGGGUCGUCGUCAUGGGUCAUGCCUUGGGCGAUGAUGAGCUUUCAGGAGGAGCUUCGGGAGAAGAAGAACGCGGGGCAGAAGCUUCGAAACGUGACUUUCGUGCGUCUGCGUGGUGCAAACCAUUUUGUGCAUUGGGAAGAGCCCGACCGUGCUCUUCAGGCAUUCUUGGAUCGUGCUCCUAUCUAGGAAGCGCUCCGACGCCUGCCAUAUCCUGUUGUUUUACAGUCAUGAUCAAGUUCGGGGAGCUUCGGCCAAGAACCGUGCGCAUAGG